CUGCGAUCAAGCCCCACCCAAUUAAUGGUAUGCGACCAGCCCGAGCGCGUUUUCCUGACGCUACGAGCAGUCAGUCGCCAGUGUCCCCUGAACAAACUGCAAAGCGCACCUUCCAGAGUCGCCGCCUCUGCACUGUCGCUCCGGUUGCCUCAACCGCGCACAACCACAUCCUCGUGCCCCAAAGGUGUAACCCAACCCUGCUUCCUCAAGUCGCGACGCGACCAUGGCCAAAAAGAACGCCUCCGAUUUCGAGAAGAUCAUCCAUGCCGACCGGCAGCGGAAACAGAAAGAGGCUCUCGCAGCCCGCAUCUUCAAUCGCGACAGACGCGCCAGUGCGCCUCCAAAGGCCGUGACACCAAUCCCGGGCGCCUCGCUGGCAAGCCGUGUCGGCGUGAAGAAGUACCGCGUGUCUUCCGGCCCUGGCGUUCAGCCCGACCUCUGGGUCCACGACCUGUAUGGCGCGUCUGGACCGCCCGCGCAGGGCUCCCUAGCAAGUCGCAUCACCGUGCCAGGGGCCGCCGGCGCGGGAAAGCAGGGCGCGAAGAAGCAACCGCAGCAACAGCGCCGAGCGGCCAAGCUCGCCUUCGCCCUCACACGAGAUGAGGCCCAGGCCCCGGCCCAGCGGGCUGCCAACGUGACCACGCGAGCCGCCAACACGACAUCGAACCGCGGCGGGGGUAUCUCCAUCCGAGGCCUCGCUGGCCCGCCCGUAGUAAUGGCACAGAACUUUGCUCCCGGCACCACGGCGGCCGACAUCGAGAGCGCCUUCACACCAUACGGUGGCAUAGUGUCGCGGUGCCGCCUGCUCAAGACGAGCCCCAUAAUCAUCGCCGAGAUCGUGUUCGAGGACCCUAACGGCGCACAACGCGUAAUCGACCAGUUCAACAACCAAGUGGCCGAUGGGCGCCUCCUCAAGGUCUACCACAAAGCUGGCCCCGGCCCGGAGGUGUCGGCCCCGUCGUCGGCCGUCAACGGCAACAUCAUUGAUGGCUCGCAUGGCUUCGGCGUUGACGAGCCCAUGGCGGAUGCCGGACCCGGAGGGAGCAAGCUGUACAGCGACUCGCUCAUCCAGGGCAAAAAAGGCAACCGUGGUUGGAAAGGGGCGGGACGCUAGGACAAGCCGACCCAGUACAACAGCACUGACCAGAGUUUCACAUAUGAGCCAUCCAGGAAUAAGCGGUACCGCAAGGAUUCAUGUGGAUGCGCUCGCCGUUGUUGUCGUCGCCGGCGUGCUCUUGGACCGGAGCCAAUCAACAUCCUGGUAGCCUCGAGCGGCUCUCUCCUUUUGUUAGAACAGGAGGAUCACGGCCUUGGCCACCGACAAGGUCUUCGACGCCCUACAAAAUCCCUGGCUCCGCACCAUCUCCUGCAGCGGAUACCAGGGACGAUGGCGCAUACAGGUAUAACAUAUGCGGCAGGCAGCUCACCGCCGCAAGAAAUAAUAGCAAACCCCAUACCCGUUAUGUUCGUAGCUGCGCGGCAGCACAAGCGCCAAGAAACACGUGCUUUUAAUGAACCAGGAGAGAUUACACCCCAGCCAGGGAAGCGCCGCCCCAUUUCUCUGGGGGUGCGUUACCCCCAGAGUGCCCCUUGAGGGGCGCAUGCGCCACGGAGAGAGGUGUCGAGAGCCGCCCACAAGGGCAUUUUGGCUAUCUGGCGGCUCAGGGAGUAGGUAUAAACUUGCUUUUAAAGAGCUGCAAGCGGGGGAUUGGGAGGAAGGAAAGGAAACGAAGAAUGGACAAGAAGAGGACCAAGCCGCGAUUGCGUUUGCUCAGGUAGCCAGACCUAAAUCUCGAACCUCCUUGCAUUGCGCCAACACAUACCGUGCUCG